AUGGCGAACUCGACUGAGAUCUUCUUUCGUGUUCUCUACGCCACCGUCUACACCUUGCUGCACGUUCUACUCCUCGCGCUGCUGCUCGUGACGCCCGGCGAUCUCAUAAACCAGUCACGCUACCGCCACGACGUUGUCUCCAUCCUUAUCGUCGCUGGCGCCUAUAUCUUUGGCAUUCUCGUCAUCGCGAUCGUCUUCUUCCUGCGUCUCUUCCUCAAGCGCGCCGUCCUCAACUCCAUCCCCAAGUCCUGGGUCCCCAUCGAAAAAGGCGAUGUCUCGAAGCCGGUGCGCAGCAUGAUCAGCGCCGGCCUCAGCCGCAGUGCUGCCGUUGCCUUUAUGUCGCGGCCGCGUGUCGUGCCUGAGGAGUUGCUUGACGAGAUGUGUCCGAUGCUGGCUGCGGACGUGUUUAUGCACGGCGGCAGAGGGGGAGCGCCAAAACACCGUGAAGGGGACGUCAUAGGAGCCAACGAGGAGGACGGUGGCGGCUCAGACCUGGCCGCUGACGGAGAAAAAGCACACCGGCCCCCAAAGGCGGUGCGAUUCAAAAGGGCCGAGACGAUGGAAAUGGAAAAAGCGCUGGGUAUUGACCUGCCGCCGUGCCAGGCUGUUUGGGGUGUAAUCGAGCACCCCGGCUGGGCACCACCCGACCAGGUCUUGCGUCGGUCACGGGGCGGCGGAGCGACCAGCAGUGGACGUGAAGAUGGAGGUGGGGGUGCAGGCGGCAGCGGCAGCGGCGGCGGCGGUGCUACGGCCGACCCUCUCGACGAGAACAUUAAUCUGCAGUACAGCACAGUCCUCGCCGAGUUGCCAAACCUAGUUGAGGCCAAGGCAAUAACGCUUGCGCCGCCAGAUCCUUUCUCGGCAGCCGACCCGCCUCUCUUCGACCCAGAUGCUGUGGCCCUACUUGAACGGCCUUCGUACAUGGGCCUCCGCGAAUACCUCUACCACCUCGCCGAGCUCGGCGUCGUCGACAUAGAAGCUGAUGCACCGUCCCGCGAUGCGCACGUGGCCGACAGCGAUCGUCGCUCGCUGCGCGAAAUCGUUUCGUCUUUUGCGACGGAAUACGAGUAUGCGCGCUUUUCGACACGCAUGAUUUCCAACCACAUGUUUCGCCAGCUGAUGCACGAUCUGGCAACGAUCCUGCGCCGGAUGACCCCUCUCGACCCAAGUGUUUUGGAAGACGACGAAGACGACGAGUAUGACGAAAGUGGAUACGACAAGGAGAGCGGCUUCAGCUUUGGCGAAGAAGACGCCGAUGAUGGCGAUAUAAACGAUAAUACUACACCAAUACGAAGUCGUAGUCGGCACAGCACACAUCUCAUUACCCAUCAUCAACAACCACCACAACGACGACGACCAUCACAACUCUACGAUCCUCUACCACAGCAUUCAGCACCCCUCACCAGAUCGCAGUCUGGAAGCAGCAGGCGCUCCGCAGAGACGGCUAGCAGUAGCGGCGGAAGUAGCAAGUCAUACAGCACACAGGACAGUGCCGGAACCAGCAGACGACGCCGUCCAAGCCGCCAGGUAAACAAUCCGGACCUUGCAAGCGCAACUUUGCCACAGAAUCAGAGGCGUGCUCUACAACAGCCGCUACUAUCACCACGGCCCGAUGCCCGCCAAGCCAGGAGGACAUCAAGGCAAACCACACGCCGGCCCUCGUCCCAAGCGUCUAGCGCAAACAGCUUCGCGCAGAGUCGGCACCCAUAUGCCCUCAGCAGCCAACCGUCGAGCGCCAGCCUGCGUUCGACCAACUCCAGCGGCUCUGUCAUCCGGCUGGCCGACCGCAACGAGCAAUCGUCGUCUGGAUUGCCCUACGUCAUAAUGGCACCGACGGCAUCGCCACAUGCCUGGACGUGA